GUUUAUCAAAUUACUCAAACUAAACAUUCAUCUCCAUUACAAGCAGUUGGAUGUAAUUAUAGUAAAGAUAUAAACGAGGACAACCAGUUAUUCGUUCAAUCUUCAAAAUAAAAAUAUGUAUAAGAAUAAUAAAGGUAAAUUUGCAGAUCUGUUUUGUGAUCCAUGUAAAUGUGAUGGACAAAAUCUGUCCGUGGAAGGAUAUUGUGUCGACUGUGAGGAAUAUUUGUGCAAGGACUGUUAUAAAGUCCAUUGCCGUCCCUCUAUAACACGGCAUCAUGUGCUUAAAGGGAAAGAAAACAUGCCGAAAAAGAAAGAGUGCAAGCCCAACAUCUGUCCAAUCCAUGCUGAGCAGCUGGUAGAGUAUUAUUGCGAAGCACAUGAAGAUGUUUGCUGCUCUUCUUGCAAAGGAUCGAGUCAUGAAAAAUGUGAAAGUGUUAAGCGUAUCAAUGACAUUUUGCCCGAAAUAGAUAUAAAGAAGGAAUUUGAAAAGCUGCAAGAUAACACAGAACUGUUGAGGAAUGACAUAAACAUAACCCAAUAUUCCGUCCAGUCAAGCCUUAAGGCUAUUACGUUGAAUCAUGACAUAGCUAGGCAUGAGAUGUCAUCUGUUCGACAGGAUGUAAGGGAACACAUUGACGAGAUUGAAAGCGAACUUGACGAGGAAUUGAAAGAAAUUAGAGACGAAGAUAAAAGAAAAAUCAUGUCUCAUCAAAAUACAUGUGAAGCUAUGUAUUUUGAUGCAAACACUAUCGAAUCCUAUGUUCAAUCUAAAAUAUCUAGAAAUAGAACAAUGGAUGCAUUCAUAUCUAUGAAAAUGGCACAAAGCAAAAUAAGAGCAGACCACGUCGAUCUAGAAAAAAUCAGAAUGGACAAUAAAAUAAAAAGAUACUCGUUUACACCAGAUAAUGAAGUCACAAAGCUUACUUCAAAACCGUAUACUUUUGGAAACUUUUCUUUCAACGAAAAAAAAUCAAAAACCAUUCAUUUUAUCAGACAUCUCAAUGCAAUGUCUACCCAUGAUUCGAAGGAAUGUGAGGUAACCGGAUUAUGCGUUAUAUCAGAAUCACUUGUUGCAAUUGAUAAGGGUAACAAGACUGUGAAAAUUAUAGACAUAAACUAUGACAAAAUAACAGCAAAACUAUUACUAAGUUCAGUGCCUUAUGACAUAACAGUGAUACCAGAUGACAAAUUAGCUGUUACUCUUCCGAAAGAAAAAAAGAUUCAGUUCCUUUCACUUGCAUUACCAAAGGCUGAUGCAGUUACGCCUGACAAAACCCUCACUGUCACUGGAGCAUGCCACGGUAUAGAUUUUAUUCGAAAUGAGAGAAAGCUUAUCGUUACAUAUCUUAAUCCAGGGAUAGUUGAAAUAUUUGACCUCGAUGGAAUUGUUGACCGGAAAGUCGACUUAAAUGUAAGCAAUCUGAACAAGGUUUCAGUAAUUCCAAAUACAACACUGGCAUACAUUUCUAAAGAGGCAAAACAACUUUCAAUACUAGAAUUCAAAGACAAGCUUAAAGUUGUAUGUGGAGUAUCAUAUGGGUAUCGAUAUCUUAAUGUGCAAGGCAUCGCAACCGACAAGACCGGUACUGCAUACCUAUGUGAUGAACAGUCAGUUUAUGUUACAUCCAACGUUGAUUUAAGCAAGAAUACAUUUCGUUCGAACGAUGUGAAAUUAGAAGAACUGGAAAGAUAUGACACACCGAGAUACGCUCGAUGCAUUGCUUUUUGCGAUAGAACGUUUAGACUUUACAUUGGAACAACAGGAGGGAAAAUAAAGGUGUACACUGUUGCCUAACAAUAGACAUGCUAAAUCCUGAAAAAAAUGCUCUGUGGUGCCCACUUGGCUGAUUGCAGGUUAAGUGCAAACAAAAAGAAUUGACAAAAAAUAUCGUGAUACUCUACCUUCCGCAAACAAAUAAAAAAUGUUUGUAAAAAACUAUUUAAAAAAACAAACACAAAGAAGUAUAUAAAAAUAAACAACAAAACCAAACAAAAAAACUACGAAUGUACAAGUUAUGUUUUAUUAAAUGUUCUGUGUAUAUCUAUUCAAUGAAAUAUUAUGAGACUGACAAAAUUCGCUGAUUUUGGAUGAAUUGCUCGUCGAUGCACGUUGAAUCCCUCCAUUGACUUAACAUCUUUUAAUGUGAAAUAACAAUCAGAAUUGUUUAUUUAUAGAACGGUGUAAGUUGUUUCACUCAGGUACAAGGGCUAUCUGACGUCCUAUUCUAACAGUAAAGCUAAACUGUUGCCAUUGACUGUGUCUUUGUGAUUUAAGAGACUCCAGUUCCUUCUCUUCCUCUAAAGGAAGAUCCUUUAAGGGAUUUGUAAAUAGAAUUAGUUAUAUUUUCCUUAUAUGUCAAGACGUUUAUAAAAAAGAUAUAAUUUCACCUUUAAAUAUAUAUGGAAAUAUUUAAGUAUUGACAGUGAUCUGAAAAAGUCUUAAACUCCAUAAAUACAUUUUACCGAUCAUAUUUGUAGUUUAGUAUGCAUUCGAAAAAAUUGUAAACGCAUUAUUAUUGAUAACCCUUAUUGACGAGGGACUAAGUCUAUUGCAACAUAAUCAGUAAAUUUAUUUACUUUAAUUUCAUGUUGCAAUAAUUGCAUAAUAAAAAAUCAAAGAAAUGCGAGUCGUUCAUUUCUCUUUUCCAGAAUUACUUCUAAGUUCAGUAAACGAUCUUGCGCAUUUCGUUAACCCUAAAACUAUUUCUGUAUGUGUACACACACUUCCCUUUU